AUGGGCUCCACCGAGUCCGACAGCCAGGACGAGCUGACGGUGUUAGUCACUGGCUUCGGGCCGUUCAAAGCCGACUUCCCGCGCAACCCGGCAUGGGAGAUCACAAAGGAGCUGCCCGACUACCUGCCGCCGCCCUUGCCCAAGUCGGCGCGGUUCCAGCGGCGGCACGGCGACGGCCAAGGGGGGCCGGCGCCGCCGCUCCCGACCGUGCGGAUCCGAAAGCACCCCGAGCCGAUCCGCGUCAACUACCAGGUCGUGCGCGCGCUGGUGCCGACGCUGUGGGACGGGCCGUCGGCGGCGGUAACUGGUGGGGACGACGAGCAGAAGGAGCAACAACAGCAGAAAGGUGAGGAGGAGGAGGAGGAGAAGGAGGGAAAUUCCACUGCGGCGACGACGACGACGACGACGACGACGACGGUGGGAGACGGCAACGGCAAAAAGCCCAAGAUCGACCUGCUGCUGCACCUGGGCAUGGCGGGGCCCCGGCCCUACUACUCGAUCGAGCGGCGCGGCCACCGCGACGGGUACCGCGGGCGCGACGUCGACGACGAGCUGCUCAACGACGAGGAGCGGCACCGGCAGGAGCGCGAGGGGUGGGUCUGGCACGGGCUGCCGCACGACCUCGAGACGGACCUGGACCUCGAAGACGUGGUGCUGCGGUGGAGGGGGUACAGUCCGUGGGAUUCCGACCUCAGGGUGUCGGGCGACGCGGGCAGGUACCUGUGCGACUUCAUCUACUACAGCAGCCUGGCGCACCUGUACCGCGCGGGCGAGUACCGCCGCGUCGUCUUCCUGCACGUGCCCGCCGACCUGUCCGAGGAGGCGCUCGCGCGCGGUCUCGACCUGACCAUCCAGCUCAUCCGCUCCCUGGUCGAGAGCGAGGUCAUCAGGAAGGGGCGGCGCGGGCGCGCGGGGGAGGUAGAGGGGGAGAAGAAGGAGGGGGAGGGUAGCGGGUGA